GCGACCGCGGCCCAGCUUGUUGUGGUGUUGCUGCCACUGCCGCCAUGUCCGUCAACUACGCGGCUGGACUGUCCGAGUAUGAGCACAAGGGCAAGUGUGGCCUUCCGGAGAAUUUUGAUCCUCCUGAUGAGCUGGAGAGAAAGGUGCUGGAACUGGCUGAUCUUGUACGAAAUGCCUCGUAUGUGGUGGUGCAUACUGGGGCUGGCAUCAGCACUUCUUCGGGAAUUCCUGACUUCAGGGGACCACGGGGUGUGUGGACGAUGGAGGAGCAAGGCCUGGAACCCAAGUUUGACACCACUUUCGAGGAAGCCAGACCUUCCAAGACCCAUAUGGCACUGGUGGCACUUCAGAGAGCCGGUUUGGUGAAGUAUGUGGUCAGUCAGAAUGUGGAUGGACUUCAUGUACGGUCAGGUUUUCCCAGAGAUAAACUGUCAGAACUCCAUGGCAACAUGUUUGUGGAAGAAUGCAUGAAAUGUGGCAAGCAGUAUGUUCGAGAGACAGUAGUGGGAACAAUGGGAUUGAAAACAACUGGCCGAUUAUGCGAUGUUAAAAAGGCACGUGGUCUUCGAGCGUGCAGAGGAAAGUUACGAGAUACAAUUUUGGAUUGGGAAGAUGCAUUACCUGAACGGGACCUCAGUUUGGCAGAUGAAGCUUGCAGAAAGUCUGAUCUAGCCAUUGCACUGGGGAGUUCUCUUCAGAUCAAACCAAGCAGCAAUCUGCCAUUCAGUACAAAAAAGAGAGGAGGAAAGCUGGUUAUUGUAAACCUUCAGGCCACAAAACUGGACAGACAUUCAGAUCUUCGGAUAUUCAGUUAUGUUGAUGAAGUGAUGGGCAAACUAAUGAAGCAUCUUGGCAUCGAAAUUCCCAAAUGGGAAGGGCCACAGGUGGUGGAGACAGCAGAGGCAAUUAAACCUGAAAUGGGAAUGCUACUUCCUGUCAAGACCGACCUCGACAGUAAACCUAAAAUCAAGGUCAGGAGACAAAGUAGAGACACUGAGGAAGAAGGGGCAAGUGGAUCCGAAUCACUGCUGCUGGACUCUUCAAAGCCCAAUGGCUCCUUUAAGCAAGAUUGCCAAGAGAUGGACUGUAACACUUUUGAUUCUAAACGCAUCAAACUCGAACCUGUUAUGGUGUGAAAUAUGUUUUUGCAAUACUUCAGGACUUUUUUUCUACAAAUAUGAAUGUUUAAUUGUAUCUUUAUAUUUAACUGUGUUAAACUCUGUGCUAAAUGCAGCAAAUCUGGCUGCUGGUGACUUUCCACAGUUUUUAAAGGAAGAAUAAGUUGAACCCUAAGGCAAAAGGGUCCUUUUUAAUUGUAGAUCUAAAGAAAGCACCACUGGAACCUUCAUUCUGAAGCAUGCUAAAGGGGACGUUAGGAAUAUUUGAGCAUUAAUUAGUAUGAUUUAUACAGAUUUAAAUAGCAAGCUGCAGACCUGGAGUUUAUGUAAUGUCAAGGAUGGCUUUGGGAUUUUACAGCUACAUCAUCUGUGAUGGUGGUACGUUUGAUACUUUUUUAAGUAACAAAGAUUUUUUUUUCUGUUCAGUGCUUUAAGCUUUCUGCACUUGUCAUACAUCCAUGGCCACAGUAUGGUGCUGCAGAAGAAUGAUGUUUGGAGUGUUGUGAAUUAUAAAGUUAAACACCAACAUUUGACAGGAUUUUGCUCAUUCAGAUGAGUCACAUGAAAUUAAGGUCUAACAAGGGACUUGAUGCCUCCUUUAAUUUCCAGCCCAUUGAGCCAGUUUCCUUAAAGUACAAUUAAGCUGAAUUAGUCAUCCGCUUGAUAAAAUUACUUUUUGGUUUUGAUUUGAAGGUUACUCAUGUAUUUAUAAUCUGGGCACCGUGCUUUUCAUUGUGAUAUUUCCCAUUCAGAUUUAAAUUUAAUUUCUCUACAGAUGCCAGUAACUUUUUUAUAAAUUUAUUUCCCAAAAGUUAAUCUGCUAUGAGUGAAUAUUGAUUCUGUACUUCAAAUUAUGUAGCAGAUAAUCAUGUCAUAGUCUCAAAGGAUUUCACACAUUAAAGUGCUCUGAUUUUUAUGCAGACAAGCCCAACUAACAACAAAUGUGAAACCAAAUAAAUAUUGAAUAAUUCAAUGCUAAUGCAUUGGAUCAUAAGCAAACUUUAUCAAUUCCAAUUGAGUGAACUUAAUCCUAUGUUUUUAAUUGUCUUGAAUUCUGUUCAGUGUUACAAUUACUGCGUUUGUAUGUAUAAUAGAAAACUCCAAUUGUUAACUUGGUGCCAGUGGUCACAAUAUCACACCUGAAUACGGGUAUGUGUUCAAUUUCCACUCCAGAACCCUGAGCGCAUAUCCCUAGUUUGAUGUUCCAUUGCAGUGCUGAACAAGCUCUUCCAGCUGAGUUGUAACUUUUCAAGAUCCCAUGAUGCAGUGUCGAAGAAAGUGGGAGUUAUUUCUGAUCUUCUAACCAAUAUGUAUCUCUUAGCCAACUUUAUUAAAACUACAGAUUAUUUGCUGUU